UUCUCCUCUCCAGUCUCUUUCACUUGCUGCUCUGACAGUGUAAGAGGAACCGGAGAGGAGCAGAUUCCUCAGGAUACUCCAAACUUCCAGAGCACCUUUGGGAUGAAGGCAUUCAUUUCAAAUUUGGCUUGGAUUUUAGAAUGAAGUUUCCUUCUGUUUGUAGGAUGUUCUGAGUUUUGUGGCUGAAAAGGCUUUCAGAGGUGCUGCUUCAUGACUCGUAUGUGAGUCUCUUUCUCCUCUUGCAGCUGCAUUCUGAAGAGCUGAGGCAUUGUGUCUGCAAGCAUUUCAGUCUGUUUUCCCAGGAACAACUCAGGUUUUCCCAAUUCAAGACUGGAUACUCUCUGGCUUUGCCUUGUCCCACAAGGAAUGGACCUCCCUGUUCUUCAGUUCAUCACCAGACUGGCUUUGCUCAUCCAGGUGCAGGAAGGUGGAUAAGGCACAGCUUGGAAGGACAGAGACCUGCAAGCUCUUCUUUGUGCUUGUAUUUUAUGGAAUUCUUCUACCUACCUGACUGUGUUCUUAUCUGCUUGGUCAGAAACACCUUAGGAGUUGACUUUGAGAAUGAACGGUGAUGUUCUCUAGCCCCCCAUAACAUCAUACUGCAGCUGCCUCCUAUAUCAAGUCCUACUUCAAUGUGCUGCAGCUCAUCAGGACCUUGGAUCUUCUGCAAAUAGAGACUGGCAGCAGUCAACAGUCAGAUAUGACUGUCCAGAAACUGGUAGCCACAGCUGUGUUGGUAGCCCUGGUCUCACUUAUUCUUAACAAUGCAGCUGCCUUUACUCCCAAUUGGGUAUACCAGACCCUGGAGGAUGGGCGUAAGCGCAGUGUGGGGCUGUGGAAGAUGUGCUGGCUGGCAGAGAAGGGAAGAGGAGGAGGUGCAGGCACGGGCACCAGACAUGGGCAAGGGGAGGAGCGAGAGUGUGAAUCCCUGGGCUGGGGUUCAGAGUCAGCCGGGUUCCAGGAAUCUCGUAGCACUGUCAAACUGCAGUUUGACAUGAUGCGGGCCUGUAACCUAAUCGCUACCGUCGCCUUGACUGCUGGUCAGCUCAUUUUCGUCUUGGGCCUAGUGGAACUGCCUGUUAUUUCACAGGAUGUCCAGUGGUGGGAGGAAGCCAUAGCUGCUGUGUUCCAACUUGCCAGUUUUGUUCUGGUCAUUGGAUUGGUAACUUUCUACCGUAUAGGGCCCUACACCAACCUGUCCUGGUCUUGCUACCUGAACAUUGGGGCCUGCCUCCUGGCCACACUGGCAGCCGCCAUCCUCAUAUGGAACAUCCUUCACAGGCGGGAGGACUGCAUGGCGCCUCGGGUCAUUGUCAUUAGCCGCACCCUGACUGCUCACUUCCGCCGGGGGCUGGAGAAUGACUAUGUUGAGUCACCAUGCUGAGAGCAUGUGCUUGAAAAGGGAGAGUCCUCUGAGAAGACUUGCAUUGGAAUUGUUUUCUAUAAGUAUACACUGUAAUUUAAAACUAAGUGUUGAAGGACAUCACAAAGCUCACUUCUUUUGAAAAGAGGCCCUCAAUUAUUAUUUGGAUGGGCUCCAUCUAUCUAUAUAUGUAUAAUACACAUAAUUAUAUAUAUAUUAUACAGCACCCCUCUUCCUCUACUGUACAGUGGAAAUAUAUUAGAUUGUCAGCACAAGCAUCCUGAUAGAACUUUACAGCCAUCUGCCAGGAGCUUUCAACUGUGGCAGAGGCAGAGUGAGUGUGGUCAGGGUACUGAAAGUGGGAAAAGGACAACCUACUACUUUAAAUUCUUCCCUUAUUUUGACUGAAGUUAUUCUGCUCCCUAAUAAUGCAACAAGCUCAAGGGCUCAGCUGUGUUCACAAUCCUCCUUUGGACCCAAUAGAUAGACAGUCUGACAGAGCAGGAAACUUGUCAUGGGUGUCAAAAUUUACAACAGCAUAGUUUGGGCUUAGGUAAUGUUUCUUUUAAGGUGGUGAGCCUGACCUACCCAAUUUUUAGGAACAUCUAAUUUGGCUGUAACAUUUAUUCCACACUGAAGCAUGGAACACAAUCUAUAACCCCAGAAGCAAGUAAUAUAAUUCUAGCCAUUUGUAAAUGAUACGAGUGCAAAAAAAUUAGCGUGUGUGCUUUCAGACACUAUUUUGUCCUUAAAACUCCUUUGGGAGUUUUUAAGUUAAUUUUGCAGGCAGCUAGAGGUGCCAUUAACAUUGAAAGAGAGGUACACAGCUAAAACUCCCUACCCACUGUGCUGAAAGUGCACUCCAUUGUUUACACUGUGGGUUAAUAUCCAUGGGAAGAGGUUUUACCGUGACCUCCCCAUAUCCCCAAAUAUACGAUUAACUUAUUUUGUCAGAAAUCGCUACUAUGAAUGAAUAUACUAAAUUCUUUUCCCACAAAGUAUGCAGACUUGGCAUGCAAUUUUCAAACUUGGGUGCCUAAUUCAGCAUGCUCAUUCUGCACUUACUGACACAUUGGCACCUAAAGCAGAUACUUGGGAGCAGAACUGCCUAUCAGAGCACCUAAAUUUGAGAAGUGGGCAUUUAAGAAUUGAUCCUUGCAGGUCAGACCCCUCAGUGCCAAAUAAAUUGGUGGGACCUGAAGGUAUUCAGCACCUUGCAAGAUCAGACCUCUAGUGCAUAAGUGUGAUGCUAUACAGCAUGACGGCUCAUGUCAACAAUGUGCAUGUAAUAUCAGGCAGCCAACCAGCAAGCCAAAAACUACACUGCAGAAGUCCCUAAAUACAAGAGUUAGAAAAGGACAAGCAGCAAUGAGAGAUGCUACCUUGAUCAUACUCACUGAUAAGACUGAAUGACUAUGAGCUGCAAACAUUAUAAAAUCUCUCUCUGAGGCUGUUGUGCUGCUCGCAGCUGAAUUCUCUGCUUUUCAUCUUUGUUACUGUCUCCUUUAUAUUUUGCCUCACUUCGUUGAAAAGUGAUCAAGUGGCUCUUGAGUUCUAUUCUGCACCCAAAUUCUCACGUAAUAAAGAAUGCAGCCCCAGUUGCCACUCUGCACGAUGCCCAAAGUCAGUAGCGCUCUACAGAGCUUGAUGCUCUAGAACCAAGGACUUCUAGAAUUCAGCCCCCUAUAAUACAUUGCUCUAGAAAGCAGAGUUCUAUAAAGCUGAUAAGUUUUUUCUUACACCAGUUUAUAAAAACCAAGAGAAGUUUGUUUCCAUUUUCCUGACUUAUUUUACAGAAAAGCAAGGUAUUUUCUAAAAAUAAUUGUGCUAUAAUUACAGUUUUUAAAAAUAAAGUAUUGGAAUAUUUAAGACAUAUUAUUUCAGUUAAUAUUGCAAUAUCGAUAUUAUAAUAUGUACAUUAAAAUUUAAAAGUCACCUAUGUGGUCAGUAGCAUUGUAAUACUUAGUAUUACUGUGUUUAUUUUAAAUGUAUAAAUAAAGUGGUGAAUGUUCAAUUCCCUUUA